AUGUCUGGCCUCAUCGAAUACUCUACGGCGCAAGCUGGAAAGACUCUUGAAGUCGAACAACUCUCGCCGGAUCUCUUCAAGCUGUCAUUAACCAGAGACAACAAGUUCAAUCUCUUCUCCGAGGCCAUUGGCAGCUUAGAUUCAGGCCGCGAUGAAGCCGAUCUCAUUCUCCGCAACCUCCAAGCAUGGUCCGCAGAAGCUGCGGAACGCUUCCAGCGACGCACCUCAGAUGUUAUUCUCGACACUCCUUUCCGGCUGCUUUGCUCGAGCCCAAGCGGGAUCCCAUUCGACAGUCGUUUUGUGAUCCGACAAUUUCUAGCCAUCAGUUACAGUUGGCACAACCCGAGUUGGCCGGGGACACCUCAAUCGGUUCCAGAACCUGGAGGGGUGUGGCCAGUUGGCAAGCGCUUUGCCGACGCAAUCCUAGAAUUACGAGGUCAUCUACGUGAGGGAGUGUGGAUAGACCAGGUCUGCAUCAACCAACGCGAUGAGUUCGAGCAACAAAGAGCUAUCGCAUCGAUGGAUGUUGUUUACAAGUCUUGCCGCAAGCUGGUCGUACUUCUGGAGGAUGUCGAGCUCACCAAUGACGAGGCUGGAAUAUUUGAACUCUACGAUGGUUAUCGGUCUCCGUAUGUACUCGAAAAAGGUCCGACCGACGGCAGGGAAGUUUCGCUGCUCAUCUCGCUCUACGAUAAAGUGGCCGCUGCGCGGUGGUGGCAGCGUUCAUGGUGCUACCAUGAAUUCGUUGUUGCUGAGCCUUGGAGUGAUAAACGACAUCAACGAGUCCACAAUACCGUUUUCGUCCUGGGACUUGGCAAGGAUAGGACUGUGACAGUAGAGUGGACUACACUGCACGCAAUCUUGGCAACAAUAACAGUCCAACUCGGCCAUCGGAAUGAACGGAGCGUCUACCUCAACCCAAUCCUUUCCGGGUUCGCAAAUCGGACGUCUCCUCGAUUUGAUAACCCAGAAGGCAAAGCCGGCGUGAUCAGGUCCAGCUUCAUGGCGAAAUUCAACGCCAUCGCCCAGACGGGAUGCCUGAUGCCCGGUGACAGGCUUAGCGUGUGUCUCAACCUUAUCGGACUUGGUCUGGCGUUCUUCAGAUCUGAGGAGCCAACAGUAGACGAAGUGUACUUUCUGGCGGUAUUGCUGGCUCUAGCAGUAGGCGAAAAGAUGCCCCUUGCUUUCACCAACAUGGAUCCCCUGGCAUUCCACGGAAAGGGAUCAUGGCUUGCUCGACCUAUCACGGCGGCGGACACCACGCUCAACAAGUUCACAUUGGGCGGCGUCAAAGGGAUCCAUGCUGUGGGCUUUAACAAGAUAGAAAUCGACAUGGUCUUUUUCAAUCGUGGCGUAUUGUGGAUUUCGGAGCAGGAGCUUCGGCGCACGUAUGCCAUAUUUCCAGAUAUUGUACGGAAUACUCCUCCGCCGCUCAAAGCGCAGGUCAAGAUGCCGGAGUUCCAGGCUGAAGAGGAUAUGGAUAUGCCGCGACGACGGUUCCUUGCUGCUGUGCUGUCGAGUGGGCCAGACUUGCUGAAGCGGCUUUGGGUCCAGCUCAAUCGUGAAGUGGUGAAGUGGAACUAUAACACGGGCAUCUUUGCAGACUUCAAAGUCAACGAGGAUCUCCUCCCCAACGCGAAAGAUUUGCUCAAAGCCUUUGCCAAGAGCGAUCGGGGCGGAGUUGGCAGUGAAGACCAAAUUGCAGUCGAAAUUGCCACGGAAUUUCUGACUUGGAUUACGGAUCCUCGAUCCAUCUACUGGAUUUCGACGAUGGCCUUGCGCCUUCCGUGUGCACGCGAUGGCAAAUCCGCACUAUUGACGGGCUUCAGCUUCACAAAGAACUUCCGAGAGAGUGAUAUCGACACUCGAAUGCGGGUGGCAGUGCCUACAGAUCUGCUGCAUGAAGACUGCGCAUGGAUGAGGGCUUGGUUGUUGGUGCCGGCAGAUGACGAGGAUGAAAAGGGGGCUUGGAAAGUCGCGGGUAAGACGUUGCUUCUGGGCGAACCAGAUUUAUAUGCGGAUCUGAACGUGGAUGAAGAGGAUGGGUUUUCGGAUGCAUUCAGGAGCCUGCAUACUAGACAGGUCAUCGUAGGUUGA